AUGAAGAAGGGUAGGGCCACGAAGCAAUGCAAGAUGCGCAUGGCGCAAGGUUGCAGCGUGGCUACCUUGCUCAACUGUGCGGAUAACAGUGGUGCAAAGAACCUGUACAUCAUUGCAGUGAUCGGUAUUGGGGGUCGCUUGAAUAAGCUGCCCAACUGCUCUCCAGGGGACCUAGUCCUGUGCUCUGUGAAGAAGGGAAAGCCUGAGCUCAGGAAGAAAGUCCUAAAAGGUGUGGUGAUCCGCCAGAAGAAGGCUUGGCGCCGCCGUGAAGGAGUGUUCGUGUACUUUGAAGACAAUGCGGGCGUCAUCGUCAAUGACAAAGGCGAGAUGAAGGGCUCAGCGAUCCAAGGCCCUGUGGCGAAGGAAUGUGCCGAGCUUUGGCCGAAGAUCGCUUCGUGUGCUCCAGCCAUUUGCUAG